AAUUUUGGCAAACGUAUAACAAGCCCCCAUUAGAGAAACCCUGAUUUCCAUCGCCAGUCUACAGCCUUCGACCUUGACGCUGACGAUUCAGCCCUGCUCUUCCUCGAUUCAGCGAACGGCGACAGCCUACUCGAUCCUCCGGGCGAUUCCUUAUGGUACGCUUACAGCUUGACCCAUUUCUCAAUGAACUAACUAGCAUGUUUGAGCACACUACAGAAAAAGGCUCUGUGUGGGUUACUCUCAAACACUCAUCUGAUAAGUCUAAGGUGCAGAGGAAUAAGAUGACAACUGCUGGUAAAGAACUUGAGUACAAAUGUCUUGUUAGGGCAACUGAUGGCAAGAAGAACAUUUCCACACUGGUUGGAACAAAGGACCAUCAACGCUUUCAAGCAUCUUAUGCUACCAUUUUGAAGGCCCGUAUGACUUCUUUGAAAAAAAGAGAGAAAAAAGACAAGAGAAAGGCUGCAGAUGCCGAUAAGAAACAAGUAGUCUCAAAGAAACGAUCAACAACCGCCAAGCCAUAAUCUUAUGCUUUAUCUUACAUCUCCUGUUGCAUGCCUUCUUUUGUGAAAGAUAGUAUUAUAUUCUGCCUUCCCUUUUGAAGAAUCAUAGAUACAACUCCGGUUCUUUUACAAGUGAAUUUUUGCUGAACAGGUAUUAUCAAAUGCAGAGUGACAUCAUCUUGAGCUUAUGCAUUGGCUUUAUCUCUGCACUUGGGAGGUAGUUUUUUCA